ACGAUGCAAGCGAUGAAUGUGUUUGAUCGCCUGCAGCUUGGCAGGCCUCAGUCAUUCUCGACUCGACGCUGAUAGUACAAGCAUCGUGUCGAUACUGCUCUGUGUUACCAUACAACUCCCGUUAUUUGCACGCCGUGUUUUGAGCCUAUUCCCCGGCCAACAUGUUAGCUUCCAGACCGCUUAUGCAUACGGAAUAUCUUCAGCCGUUGGACCCUUUGCCAACCACGUUGGAUGCAAAGAAGAGUCCCUUGGCUUUACUUGCCCAGACCUGCAGCAGCAUCGGCAAGCCAGACCCGCCACCGAGCAGCAAUGACGCCAAGCAGGCCGCCACACCCAUCGGUCGCCACACGCCCUCCGGUAAACACUCCCCGGAGAAGGCCUCCACGGCCGCCGGUCUGCCGGAGUCCAGCUCCGGGUUCAAGCCGUACAAGCAGGCCGAGAAGCGGGACGGAGACGCCCUGGUGAUUAAGAUCGGCUACGGGAAGGACAAGAGGGAGGCCAAGUCACCCUUGGGCUCCAACUCGCCGCGGUCGCCGCUUGUGAAGACCAAGAUGGAGCCUGCCACCACGCCGACCUCCAGACCAGGAAGUACUGAUGCCAGCACCGGCCAUUCCGGUAGCGAGGGUAACAAGGACACGACCACUGUCUCCAAGCCGACCGCACCCGUCCAGGCAGCUCAAGUUGCCCCCUCCCAUCUCCAUCAUUCCAGCUACCCCGGACAUUACAAGCACGGACUUCUCGCCGCAUCCCACGCCGGUCACUGCGGGUGUCCAUCUCAAGUUGUGGGUCAUGUCCCGUACUAUCCCGACCCUGCCGUGGCAGCUCGUGACCCUGUGAGUGUUCACUCCCUCAAGCACGAGGUCAACCCCCUCCUAGCAGCCACCGCUUCUCCUUACACCGCCUACGCCAGGGUCAAAACAGCCGAUGGUGGAACCACUCUCAUGCCCAUCUGCCGCGAUCCCUACUGCACGAACUGUCAGAGUGCUCAACACUACCAAACAGGCACUCCAUCAGGAUGCACGCAAUGCAGACAUGACACUUUUGCUCUGAACGCACCCCUCCCCAUCGCUCUACCACUCCCAGGAAGCAUGUCCCCAUACCUCAGUAGCAGUGUGUCAUCCAGCGUCCACUCUACACCCUACCUGUACCCUCACCCCAUCACAACCACCUCACAAGAACAUGGACAUGUUUGUAACUGGGUCUCCGGUGCAACCAGUUGCGGUAAGCGGUUCGCAAGCAGCGAGGAGCUACUCCAGCAUCUCCGCACGCACACGAUGACCAACAGCGAGGUCCCGACAUCGUCAGCUCUGAGUGCCACGCUCGGGGCUCAACUCAGCGCCUACUAUAUGCAAUAUCCCACGGCGGCUGCUGCAGCUGCAGCCGCUGCCUCGUUCGGACUUCCCAAGCCGGGCUUCCCCACGCCGCUGAGUCCGGUCGGUGCUAUCCGGUACCAUCCGUACUCCAAGAGUCCAUCACCGAUCGCAGCACUCCCAGGGCUACCGACCGGUGCGUACUACUCCCCGUACGCUCUCCAUGACAUCAAGUCGAGGUUUGCAACGGCUGGACUUCCACAUUAAGAACACUAAAGACUCUAGUCAACUGAGGAUUCGGAUUGCAACCAUCUUAAGAUUAAGUUGUGAUAUAUUUCUUUGCCACUCAAAAAAGUACAUGUAUCGCCAUAAAUGUCCCAGUACAGACACCUCUAAAUUCGAUGAUGAUCGGGUAGUUGAAAAAAAAUCAAAUUGAUAUACGAGCUUGUGUAUAUAUUUUCUACCAUAAAGUUAAUAUUGUACAAUGAUUAUUUGUAAAUUUUUCAAAAUACGUAUUUGAAAGAUGGUUGUGUUUAUGUUAAAAUGUACGCACGAAUCACAAGACAGCUAUGUUUGAUUGGGUUGUUCAUAGGAAAAUGAUGUUUUGCAUUGUUGUGCAAAGUUUGAAAUCGAAGAUAUUCUUUCAAUGGUGUUGAAUCAACCUAGCGAAAAGCUAAAAAAAAAUUGGUCUGACUUAGGAGGAUUUAUUGUUCCCGUUAUCAAGUUCUUAAACAUGCUCCAGAAAUAUAACAGUGUUCAUUUUUUUUGGAAAUUGUUUGUUUUUUUACACAAAAGACGCACGUUUGUCUCAUUAAAUAGAGAAAAUAAUUUGUGAGACUGAGAGAAACAACGAUUUUUUUUUAAAUAUCAGUUUAAAAUGUGAGAUUGUCAAGUGGUGAUGUGUUCCCUCAGUGUUCUAUCAGACCACUUCACUCGAUUUCCUACUAUGAAUAUUCCUCCGCGCCUGGCCUAGUAUACGGGAGGUGAUGGCACAAGCUUGUCAGCACCCUUAUUCAUCAAAAUUUCCCCAUCAAUAAUCAUGUUUACCUCGAUUCGUAUACGCUUCCCGUUCAGUUGUUGAGCUAUUUCAUAUCCACAGCUUUUCAACAUCUUGAUUUUCAGUACGACCUACUGCUCCCCUUCCAAAAUAUAAAAAGAAAAUUGGCUGGUAUCCGACCUCGGGGACAACACGUUUUAAUGUCGGGGUGCUACUGGGACCAUCUAUCAUCGUGGGGUUGUCGAGUAGCUUAUAAAUUACACUUCGUCUGAUGCGCUGAUAAGGCGCGCUAGUAGACCACCGAUGAUUUAUGGUGUCCGAUCAUAUUCACCGUGCGUAAUUUAUAUUUCUCCACCAGUCUCCGUUCCAUCUGUGGCCGAUUUCAUUGUGCUGUCAGUUUUUAUUUUUU